GCACGUCCGUGCUGGAGGCUUGCCGGCGCAUGGCGGCGCGCCGGGUCGACGCCGCGCUCCUCACCGACUCCAACGCCCUGCUCUGCGGCAUCCUGACCGACAAGGACAUUGCCACGAGGGUGAUCGCCCGCGAGCUGAGGAUGGACGAGACGCCGGUGUGGAAGGUCAUGACGAGGCAUCCGGUCUUCGUCCUCUCCGACACGCUCGCCGUCGAGGCGCUGCAGAAGAUGGUCCAAGGCAAGUUCAGGCACCUGCCGGUGGUGGAGAACGGGGAGGUAAUGGCCAUGCUCGACAUCGCCAAGUGCCUCUACGACGCCAUCGCCAGGAUGGAGCGGGCGUCCGAGAAGGGGAAGGCGGUGAUCGACGGCACCGACAAGUAUCAUUGUGGGAGUAACCCGAGCUCAUUGAUAGAGGCUUUCAAGGAGCAAAUGUUCAGGCCAUCCUUGUCGACAAUAAUCACUGCCGACUCAACGGUUGUCAUCGCAUCGCCGGGCGAUUCGGUGCUUGCCGCGACCAAGAAGAUGGUGGAGGCUCAUGCGAGCUCUGCCGUCGUCGCCGUCGGGAACAAACCUCGGGGCAUCCUCACUUCGAGGGACAUCUUGAUGAGAAUGAUCGCCAGGAAUCUCCCCGCAGACUCGACCCCUGUUGAGAAGGUCAUGACUCUAGAUCCUGAAUGUGCGACGGUCGACACGCCGAUUCUGGAUGCUCUCCGGACAAUGCAAGAGCGCAAGUUCUUGCAUCUUCCCGUGAUGGACAGAGACGGUUCCAUCGUCUGUAUCGUGGACGUGAUCGACAUCACGCAUGCCGCAAGCUCCAUCGUUGAGAACAGCGGCACCGGGGACGAGGCGACUAUAUCGAUGAUCCAGAGGUUCUGGGACUCCGCCAUGGCCUUGGGAUCGCUGGAUGACGAGACCGAAACCCAGUCUCUGAUCAGCGAGGCGACCAGGUCCCAGCUGAUGUCCGAAGUCAUCCAUGAGGUGCCCGGCGGCGAGCCACCGUACCCCGCUCUGUUCUCCUUCAAGCUCCAGGACAGGCGAGGCCGGAUGCACCGCUUCAGCUGCGACGUGCAAAGCUUGACGCCGCUGGUGACCUGCAUACUCCAGAGGCUCGGCGCCGACAUCGACCGCCAACGUCUGCCUCAGAUCCUGUACGAAGACGAAGACCGGGACAAGGUGGUGCUGGCGUCGGACGACGACCUCGCGGCGGCGGUGGACCACGCCAGGCUCUCCGGAUGGAAGGGUUUGAAGCUCUUCUUGGAUUACUCUGGCACGACGGGCCGGAGAAGCCUGGCUUCUAACAGCCGAACGGCGACGAUGGACCUAGCCAGCCGGGACGCGUGGACGGCUGCCUACGGCGGCGUCGCGGCCGGGGCUGCCCUGGUCACCGGCCUCGGGGUAAUGGUCUAUCUGCGAAGAGCCGGCUAGCUGUACUUACUGUACGUGUAGUAAUCCCAUCCCCAUGUGAAAACAUCUCUCGGAAAUCUUAAUUUGC